AUGGCGUCAGCUGUUGCAGCUACAUCGCCAUCCUGCUCGAUUAAGCGCGUGUCACGCUACCAGUUCGACCCGGAGACGGACGUGAUAGGGAAGGGCGCAUACGGGGAGGUUUACAGAGCCACUCUGAUUAAGCCUAAAAAUGAAAACGGCACCGGCGGUGAGACAGCAGCAAAAAAUGGUAGCGUUUUCGCUCUCAAAAAGACGAUGUGUGGAAGCAAAGAAGAAGGCAUGCCCGUCUCCACCAUCCGAGAAAUCAUGGUGCUCAAGGAGAUUGGGGCGACGAUGCAGAGGGCGGCACAAGACGCCACCUCCGACACAUUGGGUUUCGAGAAUAUCGUUCCACUCUACGACGUUUGUAUGGAAAAGGAUGUUGUUUAUAUGGCCUCAGAGUACUGCGAUGCGGGUGAUCUGGCGAGUUACCUGAAGAAGCAGCCCAGGCACCGCCUCAGCGACCGCUGGCAGUACCGACGGUGGAUGCGGGACUUACUCCACGGCCUCUGUUUCUUGCACCGUAAGGAAAUCUCACACCGGGACUUGAAGCCACAGAAUCUUGUGCUGAAAACCGUACCAAACAAAGAGGACACUAAAGGCGUCUCCGUCAGUGGUGGGGAAGAGGAGGAACCAACGAAGUCAACGCGGUAUGUUCUCAAAAUUACCGACUUUGGUCUCUCCCGCGUCGAAGGCAUUCCAGUGAAGAAGUAUCAACACGAGGCUGUUACACUGUGGUACCGUAGUCCCGAUGUGCUGCUUGGAAACACGAACUACAGUUAUACCGCGGAUAUGUGGAGUGCCGGCUGUAUCAUUGCCGAGGUUGCCAGUGGCAAAGCUAUCUUUCAUGGAAGGAAUAACGUGGACCAGCUGAAGUGUAUAUUUAGCCGUCUGGUCCCACCAACAGAAUGCAACUUUCCCAGCAUGAAACGAUACGCGCUUUGCGAUAAGUUCGCUGCCACACUAGAUGUACUUCACACAGGAAUAAGUCAUCAAAACUCCAACGGUGCGGGUGUCAACAGUCCUUUUGAUGGAGUCAAAGAGAGUUUAUAUUCGUACUUUCGAAGCUAUGAGGCCUUGGAUGUCGUGGGCGAGGACGGUGUGGAUCUUCUAACCCAUCUGCUGGCGUACGAGCCGAAGUACCGCUUCACGGUGGAGGAGGCGCUGCAGCAUCCGUUCUUCACGACACUCUCGAGGAGCGUCUCUCCCGCUCCCGAGCUGCGCACCUUUUCCGCCCCCCAUCUCAUGGAGGAGGAGCGGCGAAGCUCCCUCAUGAGUGGCAGGAACGCAAGGGACUCCGAGUCGCAGCGGGCCGAGUUGAGGGCAAAGUCCCUCUGCCUACCAUCCGAAUGCCAGGAGGUNUGGCAGGAACGCAAGGGACUCCGAGUCGCAGCGGGCCGAGUUGAGGGCAAAGUCCCUCUGCCUACCAUCCGAAUGCCAGGAGGUGGCUGA